GUCCUGCAGGUGAUGGAGAUGGACGGUUCGGGCCGGCGGGUUCUGCUGGAGGAUAACCUGCCGCAUGUGUUCGGCUUCACGCUGCUGGGAGACUACAUCUACUGGACGGACUGGCAGCGGCGCAGCAUCGAGCGCGUGCACAAGCGCAGCACCGAGCGGGAGGUCAUCAUCGACCAGCUGCCCGACCUCAUGGGCAUCAAGGCCACGUUCGUCCACCAGACCUUCGGGGUGAACCCGUGUGCGUGGGCUAAUGGCGGCUGCAGUCACCUGUGCCUGUACCGGCCUCAGGGUGUGUCGUGUGCGUGUCCUAUCGGCCUGGAGCUGAUGGCGGAUCUCAGCACCUGCAUCGUCCCCGAGGCCUUCCUGCUGUUUUCCCGCCACACCGACAUCAGACGCAUCUCCCUGGAGACCAACAACAACAACGUGGCCAUCCCACUGACCGGCGUCAAGGAGGCGUCCGCCCUCGACUUCGACAUCACCGACAACCGCAUAUACUGGACCGACAUCACACUGAAG